AUGGCACGCACUUCGCGACUCCUUUUGGUGUCCCUGGGGCUUUUGGCCCUCCAGGUGCUCCAACCCUUCAAAGCUUUCGUCGGCACUGCAAUCUUCAGGCCGGCCCUCUCUGCCUCCUCAGUGGCCCGAAGAGCUGAGGGCGAAGCAGAGGGCGAGGAAGAGGAGGGCUUUGUGAAGAGGUGUGCCUCGCCAUUUCGCGGCAUCGACCUUGAUGGUGACAAGCUGGACAACCUGGAAGAGUGGUAUCAGGAGACGAUUAGCGGCGAGGGGGGCCCCCCGAAAGGGUUCAUGAAAGACUUGAUGCUCAGGAGCUUCUUUGGCACCUGGCGGCCAAACGGAUGGUUCAAGAUGUCCAGGAAGUACACCGGACCGAAGGGGCAGCCCUCCGAGACGGACCACCAGACUGCUCUAGAGACGUUCAAGCGGAACCUGAAAGAGAACAUUCGCUACAUCGGCCAGGAUGAUGGAAAGGGCUGGUUCUGGCUCGUGGCUGGACAGAAUCCAGGAGGGCUCUACCUCUAUGUCAUGAAGACGCCGCCCUAUGGGGAGCGCCCCUUGGCCCUGAUCCGAGAGAACAACGUGGACGAAUUCUUCGAGAAGGUGAACUGGCACAUGCUCUUUAUUCGCCUCCACAAAUGGAAUCUCUGGGGUGGCAAGGCAACGGAAUUUCCCUACCCCUUCAUGUGGCGCCUUCGCAACUGA